ACGACACACCUGUAACAGGUGUGCUCUCACUUACUGACGUACGGAUUAUAUCUUUACAGCUACUUUUACCGGUUUGCUUAUUUGUAUUUUUUGUUGGACCGAUUACAAAAGCUUUGUUUCAUUUAUGGUUGUAGACUGGGGGGUUUAUCCAUUUGAAUUAGUCAAAAUAAGUCCAAAUCCGGAAUUAAUGUGUACCCUAUAGCUAUGCCCAGUGGCUACAAGCUGUCUUAGCAGGAUUGUGUCGCUAUUUUGAACAAAACUGAACUAAAGGUGGAAAGUCCUUAUCCAAGAAAUGGUAAUAAAGGUGCGCAUUUUUCGUCGGGAAGACGCAAAGUAUGAAAUAGAAGUGGAGGUAGCUCCAGGGUUUACUUUUGAGGAAAUGGUGUGGCUCUUUGAAACAGUUUACCGAGAAGUCAUCUGGUGCCCACGUUAUGGAGGCGGCUAUUCGCUUUUGACCCUGUUUAGUCCACCUCAUUGUCGGGUAACAAACAGGUGGAUGCAUGGGGCUGUGUAUCAUGGCUGGACUGAAAAAGAUUGUGAACAAACCUCUGCAGCAGAAAAUAAUUUCCAGGAGAACUUGCACUGUCCCAUCUGUGAUGUUGGAUUGGUUGACCAGGAUUGUGAGCACCAGUUUUUUGGGAUCUCUAUGGAAGGACACUCGUGGGAUACAGGAAGUGAACGUGACUGUGUGGAUUGUCAGAAAGAGUCUCAAGGUCGAAUGUUUGUGGAAAGUUGGAACCCUGCUCAGAUUUUGCUUGCACCCAUCAGGUAUCCUGAAAUAGAGGUAGAACCUGGCCUGUCAUAUUUUGAGAUGCAUGAUCUCCUUAAGGCGAGUUACAUGGAAGCAUUGCAAAGGGGACAGCAAGUUCGUCUGUAUAGCCCUCCACAUAAUAGGCUGACUUCAGGAAGGUGCAGAAGGGGCUGAAGCUGCAACAAAGUACGUUUCAGAAACAACUGCUGCAGGUGGAGAGCAAGUGGAAGAAAUGACAGGAGGUGAAACUAAGUAACAAAUUAGAAAUGUAGUGGCUAUGCCCCUUACAUCCUGCCUCCUGUAACUGUCUUGAUUUAACCUAAGGAGAAAUUGUGCAUCAUCUAACCAAAGUAGAGUACACAAUGAAACUGCAAAUGGUGCAGCAGUAGCGUUAUCGCCUCACAGGAAGAGGAUCUCCAGUUCGAUUCUCAGUUGGGGUGCCUUCUGUGCAGAGUUUGCAUGUCCUCCCUACGUUU